AUAUUUUUAUGUUCGCACUAGUACUAUAAUCAGAUUAUCAUUAGGUGUCGUUCGAUGAGGUUUUGUUACUUACAUUUAUAAAACAAUAUAGUUAUCUAUUAAAAAUUAAAUAGGAAAAAUUUAACCGUAAUACUUACAAUUAUUUAAUUUAUAGGUCAUCAAGAAAUAAUGUCUUAAUUAAUGCUUAGAUAAUUGUUUAUUAUUGUAAUUUAUCAUAGUAUUAUAAUCAGAUAUUUUAUUACCAAUGCGUAAAUUACAAAAUAUACUCUUUUAACAUGAAAGUUAUUUUUUGUGUGUAUUUUUUUAUAUAUUUUUUUGAAGAAGCAAUACAAAAGCGGAAUGAAAAUGCUUGUUUUACACCUAAAAAUGAAACAGGAGAAUGUAUCAAUAUUAAAAGUUGUCCUACUUUAUUUAAUUUAUUAAAUAAUAGAUUAAAUAAUACAAGUAUUAUUUUACUACGAAAUUCAACAUGUGGUUACGAAAAUAGAGAUCCAAAAGUUUGCUGCCCAGUAAUUAUACAACCACCAAAAAAUAGCAGUGUUCCAGACAUUCACGGGAAUAAUAUUGGUUCAAUGACGACUUUAAAACCAAAUAAUUUAAUACCACAACAUUCUACCAGUAAUUCAAUGUUAUUAUUUCCAAAUGCUACAUUACAAACUAUAUGUGGUCGCACUGAAAUACGUACUCAUAAUAGAAUCGUUGGAGGAGUUCCUGCUUCUUUAGGCGAUUGGCCAUGGAUUGUUGCCUUAGGAUACCGUGAUUUUGAUAAACCAACAUCGAGCCCACCUAAAUGGAUGUGCGGUGGUAGCUUAAUCUCCCACAAAUACGUUGUAACAGCUGCGCAUUGUACAGUAAAUAUCGGCGAGAGAGAACUAUCAGUGGUUCGAUUAGGAGAUUUGAAUUUGGAUCCCGAAGUCAAUGAUGGAGCUGAUCCUAUUAAUGUUCCUAUUGAUGACAUAAUCCAUCAUGAAUUGUACAAUUCAAAAUAUUUUAUUUACGACAUUGCUUUAUUAAAAUUAAAUAAUUCUGUAGAAUUUAACAAAUUUAUUCAGCCUAUUUGUUUACCAAUCGACCCUAAAAUAAGAGUUAUGAAUUUUAUAAAAACUGUACCGUUUGUUGCUGGAUGGGGGGCUACCGAAUUUCGUGGCCCUUCGAGCAACGCGUUGCUUGAAACUCAAAUACCUGUCGUUGAAAAUGCUAGCUGUAAAACUGCUUACAAGAAUAAAACAGCGAUAAUUGAUGAUAGAGUACUGUGUGCUGGAUAUAAAACUGAACCUAAAAACGCUUGUCAGGGUGACUCUGGUGGUCCAUUGAUGUGGUCAAUUGAAAAUCAGUAUUAUUUGAUUGGUGUUACUUCGUUUGGAUAUAAAUGUGUAGAGCCAGGUUUCCCUGGUGUAUUUACUAGAGUAACAUACUAUGUAGAUUGGAUAAUAGGAAAAAUGAAAUAAAUUAAAAUAUCUACAAAGAGUAUUUGUUUGAAAUUUAUUUCAAAGUUUAAAUACUAAUUUUUAUUUUUAUUUUGUGGUACAGAAUUUAUAUUCUUUAGCAUUAUAAUUUGUGUAAUUUUAUAUAUUAAUUCAAAAUUUUUAUUUUAUAACUAUUUUUCACUAGGAUACGAAUUAACACAAGAACUAUCUUUAUUAUACAAUGAUUUUGAGAAAAACUAGUAAAAAGUUUACUAAAAAUUUUAAUUGUAUAAUUUAUUUUAAGAGUUCUAUUCUUUAAAAAAAAUACCAUUAAGUUUAAAUUCUGUCAACA